CUCAUCCCUUCACUCGCCAUAGAUGUCUGUCCCUUUCGCCAACUCUCACAACUCACGUGCUUCUCCGUGCACCCCUGCAGCCCCAGCCCAGUUUGUCCAGCAUCCCCAGUCCAUCUCCAGGCCUGCCGGGACCACCGCCAUGUUCACCUGCCAAGCCCAGGGGGAGCCGCCCCCUCACGUCACGUGGCUGAAGAAUGGCCAGGUGUUGGGGCCUGGAGGUCACGUCAGGCUCAAGAAUAACAACAGCACGCUGACCAUCUCUGGGAUCGGUCCUGAAGACGAGGCCAUCUACCAGUGUGUGGCCGAGAACAGCGCUGGCUCCUCACAGGCCAGCGCCAGGCUGACGGUGCUGUGGGCCGAGGGGCUGCCCGGGCCGCCCCGCAACGUGCGGGCGGUGCCCGUGUCGUCUGGCGAGGUCCGCGUGUCCUGGAGUGAGCCCCUGGUCAACACCAAGGAGAUCAUCGGCUACGUCCUACACAUCAGGAAGGCUGCGGACCCACCUGAGCUGGAGUAUCAGGAAGCCGUGAGCAAGAGCACCUUCCAGCACUUGGUGAGCGACCUGGAGCCCUCCACGGCCUACAGCUUUUACAUCAAGGCCUACACGCCCAGGGGGGCCAGCUCAGCCUCGGCCCCCACGCUGGCCAGCACCCUGGGCGAAGCCCCUGCCCCUCCCCCGCUGUCGGUGCGGGUCCUGGGAAGCUCCUCCCUGCAGCUGCUGUGGGAGCCCUGGCCCCGGCUAGUGCAGCACGAAGGGGGCUUCAAGUUGUUUUACCGCCCAGCAAGCAAGGCCACCUUCACCGGCCCCAUCCUGCUGCCCGGAACGGUCUCCUCCUACAACCUCAGCCAGCUCGACCCUGCCGCCGUCUAUGAGGUGAAGCUGCUCGCCUAUAACCAGCACGGGGAAGGCAACGCCACGGUCCGCUUCGUGUCCCUGCGGGGCACAGCUGAGAGGACAGCCCUGAGCCCGCCGUGUGACUGCCGGAAGGAGGAAGUCGCCAACCAGACGUCCACCACGGGCAUCGUCAUUGGAAUCCAUAUCGGGGUCACCUGCAUCAUCUUUUGUGUCCUCUUCCUCCUGUUCGGACAGAGGGGCAGGGUCCUCCUGUGUAAGGGUGUGGAAAUCCAGCUCUCGCCUCCCCAGGGCCCUCGCAGCCAGAGGGACCCUGGCAUCCUGGCCCUGAACGGGGCGGGACGGGGAGAGCGGGGCCAGCCGGGCCGAGGCGAGCACCGUGUGGACGUGAAGGAGCUGGAGCAGCUGUUCCCCCAGGCCGGGGUGGCCAGGCAGCUGGACCCCCGCCCGCCGGGUCCUGCAGCCCCUGCCCCAAGAGAAGAGACCCAGCUGGCCCUGCUCCCGCUCCAGGGGUUCAGCCUUCUGGAGAGGCGGAGGUCAGAGGCCACCUCUCCAGCCCCGGAUAGGGAGGACGAGAAGCAGCAUGAGUUCGUGCUCAGGGAGGAAGACGGCCCCCCGGGGCUGCAACAGGCUGACAGCAGGAGGGACCUCUGCUCCCUGAAGAAACCCAGAGCGAGGCCCCACUGCUGA